GUAUGAUCAUCACCUACUUCAGCCUCCCCACUUCACCUCUCUUUAUUGCAAUCACCAUUCUCUUGCCAUAACAGUGGUCGAAACCUGUAAAAGUUUUCUCUUUUAUGAGCCGCCCCAACCCUUUAUAACUGGAAAAAGGUUUCUUCAAUCAUAGCCAUGCUCUCUCUAACUGGUGGACUGGUUUCCUCCUUGCUUUCAUGGAUCCAAAUAUAUUUUAUCCAUCCCAUCCUUCUCCUUUUAUCUCUAUGCCUAGACACUGCUAAUUAGUACCACCGCCCACUCUUCUUUGUUUUCUCCGGCCCCCGGCCAGUUUCUGAUAAGUCUUCUUCAUGGCAAGCGUAGGCGUUUAUGUGGCGUUGCUUCUGCUCCUUGCCGGCGGUACGACACGUCAAGGAGAGUGCUUGAUCGACGACGGAAACAACUACGUGAGGGAGGCCUGCAGCGUCACUCGGUACCCUGAUGUGUGCAUCCAUUCGCUGGCAUCCUUCUCCAAUGCGGCCAAGAGGAACCCUCGGUGGUGGGCGCGGGCCGCUGUGUCGGUCACGCUGCGUGAGGCCAAGUGCGUGGCGCAGUACUUGGCUAAGCUGAAGAAGAGAGGACACCUGAGAGGGAGGAGCCGAGUGGCCCUGGCGGACUGCAUCGAGUGCUUUCAGGACACCAUCUACAACCUUCACAAAUCGCUUGGCGAGCUGAGGACUCUGCAAAGCAGGACGUUUGAGCGGCAGAUGGGGGACGUGGAGACGUGGAUGAGCGCUACCCUGACCGACGAGGACACCUGCUUGGAGGGGUUUGGCGACCAAGAAGGAAGGCAAAUAAGGUCGUCUCUGUCCAACAGAGUUCUGAAUGUUACUUACAUGACCAGUAAUGCUCUGGCUCUUGUUACCAAACUGGCGUCUGUUGGCAUAACAAGUAAUCCAUAGAGAGAGUCUGGUACUCUGGUUGUGGCAGAAUAAGAAGGUAGUACGUACUCCUUGAUUAUUAUUAAUAUAAUAUGUGUACUCUUCUUAUAUUGAUGCAGAUAACAGAAAUAGUUAAGUUAAUAUGUAGUAGGCGAUUAUGGUCUGGACCAAUAAGGCAUAUAUUGCUUGCCAAAUAGAGAUAUAGAUCAUAUAUAUGUUAUUUAAUUAAAUGUGAUACUUGGGUGUCAAACUGGUUGGUUAGUAAGGUAUCUGUAAAUAGGUUCAGGGUUAUGGGUUUAGGGGAUGGGCUACCCCAUUGUGUAGCCCCCAUGAUGGAGCAAAAAAUAAUGAUGAUAAUAAAGCACAAGAAGACAUAUAUCUAUUAUGUUAUAUACAAAA